AUGGCCAUAGGAGCAGUCUUAAGUCAAGAAGGGAGGCUAGUUGCUCUCUUUAGUGAGAAGUUAAAUGGGGCCGAGAGAAGGUAUUCAUCUUAUGACUUAGAACUAUAUGCACUUGCACAAGCCCUCAAGAAAUGGAGGCAUUACCUCCUACCUAAAGAUUUCAUUGUUUACAUAGAUAAUCAGGCUCUAAGUUUCCUCAAUAUUCAGGACAAGUUGAGUCACAAACAUAUCAAAUGGGUAGAAUCCAUCAAAGCCUAUACCUUCAUUAUUAAGCACAAGAAAGGGCAAGCCAACAAGGUGGUAGAUGCCUUGAGUAAGAUGGUGAUAACAGUGCAGGAGGUACAAUUGCAGAGUGUGGAAAUUGAUUGCCUAAAGGCCACGUAUGAUGAAGAUGAAGAUUUUAAGGAGGUGCACAAGUGUGGAUGGAUGAGCAAGACAUCAAGAAGCAUGGAACUUAUUUGGACGAGCUCAUCUCAAGUGGAGCUUCUGAUUCUUCUGCCUGGGGAGUAUGGUGCAGGGGCACCAUAUGGACAUCAUGAGGGAUCAUGA